UUUAUCAAUGAAAAUGCUGAAAUAUGCAUUGCACAGUGGGGGAAUGCCACGCAACAGGUUGCUGCGCCAGCUCUCUGCAUAUAUAUUCAGGCGCAGCUACAGCAGCAACAUCCGGAACAUUGGAAUUCUGGCGCACAUUGAUGCAGGCAAGACCACAACCACCGAACGUAUGCUGUUCUACUCAGGCAAGACCCGGUCUCUGGGGGAAGUGCAUCGGGGCAAUACGGUGACCGAUUAUCUAACACAAGAGCGAGAGCGCGGCAUCACGAUUUGCAGCUCGGCCGUGACUUUUCCCUGGAGUGGUAAUCGCAUCAACCUGCUGGACACCCCCGGACACAUUGACUUCACAAUGGAGGUCGAGCAAUCACUGUAUGCCGUGGACGGUGUUGUCGUUGUUCUGGACGGGACGGCUGGUGUUGAGGCCCAAACUGUCACCGUAUGGACGCAGGCGGACAAGCACAAGCUGCCGCGGCUGGCAUUCGUCAAUAAGAUGGAUCGUCCGGAUGCAGACUUUGACAAAUGCGUCAAUGAUUUGAGAACGAAGCUGGAAACGCAGCCUGUGUGCAUACAAUACCCCUCAAAAAACCAGGAUGGACUUUUGGCCAUCAACGAUGUGAUCACAUUGGAGCAGCUAACGUGGCAGCCGAAAGAUCUGGGUCGCAGCUACAGCAAGACUAAGCUGGAGCCCUCUGAUGAUCUGCGGCAGCUGCAAGAAAAGCGUAAUGAGCUGAUCGAUCAGCUAUCGGGACUGGAUGACGAGCUGGCCGAUGUGGUAAUCAGCACGGAGAGCUUUGACAACGUCAGCAAUGCACUCAUUGAACGAGCCCUGCGCCGGGCCACCUGUCAGCAGAAGGUCGUUCCUGUGCUGCUGGGUUCUGCCUACAAGAACGUUGGCAUACAGCGUUUAAUGGAUGCCGUGAAUACCUAUCUGCCAGCGCCAGAGGAACGCAACCAAAUAUACGACUGCUUCGGAAAUGAGGUUGCUGGCAAAGUCUUUAAGAUUGUCCACGACAAGCAGCGGGGCCCUCUGACUCUGGUGCGCAUUCUACGCGGCGAGAUAAAGCGUGGCAUGCGUCUCAUCUGCUCGCGGGGCCAAGCGGAGGUAGUAUCCAAAUUAUAUGAGCCCCUGGCUGACGAAUACCGCGAGGUGGGCGCCGUGCAAUCUGGAGAUGUGGUCAUAUGUGCGGGUCUUAAGUCAACAGUUACUGGAGAUCUGCUCACAUCCAGUCAGACAGCCCUGAGGAAUGCCCAGAAACGUUUAAAGCAAAGCCAGGGCACAGUUUCAGCAGAUGAGGAUGAAGAACUGGACACCGACGAGCUGUUCGGCAUUGACCGGCAAAUACCAGAUGCCGUAUACUUCUGUUCCAUUGAGCCCCCCAGUGUGUCCUCGCAAACGGCCAUGGAGCAGGCACUGAGGCAACUGCAACGGGAAGAUCCCAGUCUCCGCGUCAGCUACGACAGUGUCACCGGCCAGACAGUGCUGGGCGGCAUGGGGGAACUGCACAUGGACAUCAUCAAGUCGCGCAUUCUGAGCGAAUACAAGAUCGACGUGGAUCUGGGUCCCCUGCAAAUAGCCUACAAGGAAACCAUCGAAUCGCCUUCCCUCACUACGCUUAGCGUGGAAAAGGAGAUUGCUGGCAGCAAGCAGAACGUUAGCCUCACCCUGGAGGUGGUCAAAGACCAUGACGAGCUCUUUAGUUUAGAUAAGUCACCGGAGAACCUGUCGAACCUCAACACGUUGCGUCCUCGCACUCUGCAGGUGAUAAGAAAAGGCUCUGUCAGCGCUCUGGAGCGUGGACCCCGAGUGGGCGGUCAAGUGGUGGACACGCAGAUCCGAUUGCACAAUGCAAUCAUUGGUCGUGGAACAGCCGACUCCUUUGUGAUGGCCACUGCGGCUCAGUGCGUCCAGAAACUGCUGAGCACGAGCGGUACCCGCCUGUUGGAGCCCAUUAUGGCCCUGCAGAUUGUGGCGCCUAGCGAACGGAUCUCGGGCAUAAUGGCCGACCUAUCCAGACGACGGGCCCUUAUCAACGAUGUACUGCCCAAGGGUGAAAGAAAUAAAAUGAUUUUGGUGAAUGCCCCGCUGGCCGAGCUUUCCGGUUACUCUAGCGCCCUGCGAACGAUUAGUUCGGGAACAGCCAGCAUGACGAUGCAGCCGAGCGGCUUUAGCGGCAUGAACGCAGUAGACGAAUCCCUGGCGGAGCGACGUGUCCAGGGUCUGGAAUGAUUUGGCUCCCCUUC